CUGUCGCUGUCAAGCAAAAGAAGCGCUUGUAUUUUGUCUGUAACGUAACGCGUAACGCGAGUGGAUUUUUUGUGGCAGAGAGAAAAUUUAGCUGCAAAUGAAAAACCGAAAUUAAUCGAAAUAAACGAAUUAGCGAACUAAACAGAAAUCAAAAAUCAUAAUUUAUAAAAGCGGCAUGCAAGUGUAAUUGCCGUGUAAUCGAGUGCCUUUCUAAAUGCGAGCGCGUGCAUAUAUACGGGUUCCGUUCGUUCCGCAGCGUAUCGUAUUUUCCCUCUUGCUUUUGCCACUUAACGUUUCGUGAGUGUUGUGAGUGUUGUUUUUGUGCUUGUUCAACGUAAAACAACAGCAGCAGCAGCGUCGUCGGCAGCGCUGGCACAGCCGCAGCAGUCGCCGUCGCAUUCGCAGCCAUCAACGGCAGACAAAACAGACAAAUCCAGCAACAACAAUAAAUGCUCUCCUCUAUAUGGGUGUGAGCGAGCGCGCAGAUCAUUUAUACGUAUCGUAAUCGUAUCGUAUCGUGAAUGAAUAUUCUGUCUAUGUGUGCUUGCAGAGCAAAUGAGAAAGAGAGCGAGAGGGAGAGAGAGAGAAAGAGAGGUGCGUUACGUUGCGUACGUGUUGUCAGUGUGUGUGUGUGCCGUGUGUGUGUUUGUGUGGGAGCCCGAGCAUUUAUAAUAAAUAAAUUGUUGCUACUCAAAAAGAGCAAAUAAAUAAAUAUGCUGCACAAAAGAAAAAACGGCAAAAGCGUAAGAAAAGUGUGAAAAAUCGUCUACAACUUUAACUCAAUCGAAUUAAAAGAAGAUAAAUUUAAAGCGAAUUGAACUCGCACGGCUUAAGAGCAAAAGUUACUAAAAAGCUCUCAAGCUGCUCAAUUGUCUCUUUUCACUCACUCUCCUACGUCAUAUUCGCGAGUUUUGAGAGUGUGUAUGCUGUUGUAUUUGCUUAUGGAAUUUUGACAAUUUCGUGUGUUGUCAGUCGAAAGUUUUGUGUUUUCUUUCGAUCAAUUCGUCAUCGCAUUUGGGAAGCUGCUUUUGGAAUACGCGCUCACACUCUCACGCUCUCACACUGUGCAGAGAGACUCUCUCAAAAAGUUGUAGUUGUCAGGAUGCAGAAGACGUGGCAUUAGCAGCAAGAGCAGCAGCAGCCACAGGAGGAGCAACUGCAUCAAGGAGAUACAGGAGUUCACUCUCACCGUGAGGAACAUUGGAUAGCAACCAUGUCACAGCAAGUGUAUUCGGCGCAUCCAGCGCUGGCCGCUGAGCAGCUGGCAGCGCCGAGCAGCUCCAACAAUAGCAAAAACCACAACAACAACAACAGCAGCAGCAGCAGGCGGAAGGCCACGCCCAAAAAGUACACACUGAGCAGGAGCUGUGCGGGGCAUGCAGCAUCAACGGCAGCAGCACCAGCAACUGCAAAAAGAGAAACAGCAACAGCUGCCGCAAUAACAAGCACAAGCACAACGGGAUUAAAAGCAGCAUUGGGAGCGGGAAUGGAUGCGGGAUUAGGAAUGGGAGCGGGAGCGGGGGCAAGUGGCGAGUUGAGCACACGGAAAACGCAACCAGUGCGGACAAAUUUGGCGGCCGUGGAUGAUGAUGAUGACAUCGAGUGCGAGGAUGUGGACGAUGUCAAUUUUGGCAAGCAAAUUGUGAGACAGCAACAGCAACAAGAACAAACCAAAGACACCGGCUACGAUGAGACAGAUCAUGUACAGCUGCGCCACAAGCGUCGCCAAAUGCCACAUCAGCAGCUGGACAGAGGCGGAGGUUUAGUUGCAGUAGCAACAGGAACAACAGCAGCAGCAACUUCAGCAACGGCAGCAACAUUAACAGGUUCGAUGAGUGAUUUGAGCAGUGUGAUUAGCUCACCAUCGGCCAGCACCGUCUCAUCGCCGUUAUCGACGCCCACGCGACAUGCCCCGUUGCAGCUGCAACUGCAACCGCAGCACAGCCAUCCGCAUUGUUGCCACAAGCAGUCAGCAGCAGCAGCAGCAGCAGCAACAGCAACAACAACACAUCACCAGCCACAUCAGAAACAUCAGCAUCAUCUGAAGCAACAGCAUCAUCAUCAUCAUCAUCACCAUCAUCAUCAUGGUGCUGCAACAGCGGUCUGUGGCGCCACCUCCUCCUCAUCAGCAGCGGCCUGCAAGAGCAAGAAACUUGAUCCGCGUCUUAGCCCAUCGCCGUAUCGCCAACUAUUGCCGGGUAUAUUGUGCCUACUAUCGUUUGCGUUCGUCUUUGCCACAUUAAUUGUUUACAUGGACACGACAGAAAUCCGACAUCAGCAAUUUCGAUUAAAUAUGUCGCGCGACUACGAAUUAAACAGCGUGCCACAAGACGAUCCCACACUUAUUGCAUUCCUUCGCCAGAUCCAUAUGCACAGGUAUCCCAUGUAUAUGGCCAAAAGCGCCACCAUCUCUAGUUCAGGCAAAGUGACCUCAGCCUCGGAAGCUGUUGCAACCGCCGGCACGGGCAACAGCAGCAGCGCCAGCAACUCUCAUAGUCAUGUCAAUGGCAUUGGCAACAGUGUCGCUGACCAGUUGGCACAUUAUGUAUCCGAUUUGGUGGGUGGCAAACUGAAUGGUGCGGUCAUCCAAUCGCUGAGCGGUCCAUUGGCGCAUCUGAUAACGGCGCCCUGGCUGAGCGAGCAGCUCAAUUGGAUGGGCAUCCUUGUGGAGCCAGAGCCACGUUGGUAUUUUACGUUGCGCAAGCAAAAUGCACAACGGCAACGCAUGCAGGUGGUGCAUGCCUGCGUCUCGCCUAAUCCCUAUCCCAAAGAGAUUACCAUACACAACGAGGAUGUGCGCAUUAAUAGUUUGCACGACGAAGAGACAUCGUGGUUUAAUUCGCGCAUCAAAUGCUUUCCGCUCUACACAAUCAUGCUGGCAUGUGAGCGCACCGAAUACGAUUUGCUUAGUCUGGGCGUGCAGGGGCAUGAGCUGGAGAUCUUGCAGACGCUGCCCUUUGACAAGAUCAAAAUCGACAUCAUCUCGAUACAUUUGCUGGAGGAUCACGAGGAUGUGCAUGAUUAUGUGCAGAGCAUAACAAAGUUCCUAGCUGGCAAAUUCUACAAGUUGCAGCGUAAAAUUGGACGCAAUUAUUUCUAUCAGCGUCUCAAUGCAAAUGGAAGUCGAACACGCAAGAAAGAUAUUUUACUGCUGAAGACGCCACAACAAUAGCAACAACAACAUCGACAACGAAAUAAAGAGUCUGGAGACAUGCGUUAAUUGUUAGCCAAGCGAACUUUGCACUAAAUUAUAUACUACUUGAUAAUAAAGUAAAUGCAAAAUAUAACGCUAAAAACAAAUGUAAAAGCGUAGCAAUUUUAGAGCACUUUCUUAAACACGAAACGCGACGCCACGUUUAUGUUAUAAUGAUAAUUAUUAUAUAUACCACAAAUCACACUAUAUAUAUACUUAGAUAUAUAUUAUGCAUACAUGUUAUAUAUUAUAUACAAACAUAUACUGUAUCCCCCAUUAUGAUAUAUACAUACAUUGUAUCGAUUAGUUUCCUCUAAGUUUUUUGUGUUACAAAUCAAUCGUAAAAAAAAAUAUUCACUUUUUUGUUUUUAUAGUUUUCUAUUUAGUUUUUUUUUUCUCUUUGUGUCGAAAUUGUUUAAUAUUAAUAUUAUUAUAUUUUUUUCCUGUGUCUGAGAGCGGUACACAAAUUUAAUUAUGAUUAUGAUUAUAUAUCAAAAACAAGCUCUAGCUAAGGUAUUAUGAUUCUUGCUAUAAGCUAUGCUACAUAUAUCUUUAUAUAAUGUAGGCGAUCCUUUGUCUUAAUCAUGUAUGUAUAAAUUAAAUUGCGACUAUUAUUUGUAACUGCUUUGCUAUUAUUAUCUAGACCUUUAGGCAUCAUAAAUACUUACCUAUACUAUA